GAAACUGCCGACUUCCUUAUUUCCGAUCGGCGCGAUCAAAUUGCAAAUGGUUUACUUUACUAUCUGCUCACCGAUGGGGUCAAUUUCAAUAAGUAUUUCCGUUGCUUAUCUGUCAUAGCCAAUGAUCAAUGGUACGCAACUCUCUGUAACGUCAAUAUGAUUCUGAUUGAACUCUGGCCCAAACUACACGAAUCAUGUCGUGAGCUGAUGUUUCAGUUUUUUCGAGAAGCCGUCAAGUUGAAUGUGCCGAAGGUUAGUACCGCUUUACUUUCGCAUAUUAUUGGAGAUUGCAGAUUAGCGGUAACAGCUUUAUUACUCUCGUCAAGGUUCGGCUUUUCUAUAAACUGCCUGGGUUUCCUUGGACAGGAUCUGUUGCUUGUGCUUAUGCGCCUAUCUAAAAUUCCAGCUAUUAAUGCUAUAUGGGUGGAUCUCAUAACAACACCAUCAAAAUUUGGCCUUAACGACGGUGAAGAGUUUCAUGAACUUUCAUCCAUGCACAUCUUUCAGUUCUUUCGUGGGCCUGAUGGGUUCAGUCUUCGAGCCGAGACUAUCCGCUAUGUGCUGUACUUCUUCAAAACUGAUAUGCCAUCCCACGUACUCGAAGCUCGAAGUCAUUUCCUCUACUAUCUGUUAACAAGUUUCCCUCCCAAUGUAAGUUCUGGCUAA